AUGCCCAAAUCCAACGACGGCGCCGCCGCAGAAUCCGAGGCCGUUCCGCUGCUCGAUCUAUCUAAGCCUUCGUCACCGAUAUCCUUCCCGAUCAAAACUCUGCAAGACCUGAAAUCUCGUUCUUACUUCGACUCCUUUCACUUCCAGUUCAAUCGCUCCACCGUCCCUCUCCGGCGAAACUCCGACGGCUUACCGAAUCGCCCAAGGGUCUUAGUCUGCCACGACAUGAAAGGAGGGUAUGUAGAUGACAAGUGGAUACAAGGGUGUGAAAACGAGGCCGGAUAUGCGAUUUGGCAUUGGUACUUGAUGGACGUUUUUGUCUACUUCUCUCAUUCUCUCGUCACUCUUCCUCCUCCUUGCUGGACCAAUACUGCUCAUAGACAUGGCGUUAAGGUAUUGGGGACUUUCAUCACAGAAUGGGAUGAAGGAAAAGCUACCUGCAAAGAGAUGCUUGCCACUAAGGAGUCUGCUCAGUUGUAUGCAGAGCGUUUGGCAGAACUUUCCACUGCUCUAGGUUUCGAUGGAUGGCUGAUAAACAUAGAGAACGAAAUAGAUGAAGAAAAGAUUCCAAAUCUGAAGGAAUUCGUAAGCCAUCUAACAAAAGUCUUGCAUUUAUCUUCACCUGGUGCUUUGGUUAUAUGGUACGACAGUGUCACCAUUCAUGGUGAACUUAAAUGGCAAGAUCGGUUGACAGAGAAGAACAAACCUUUCUUUGACAUAUGCGAUGGGAUAUUCAUGAACUACACGUGGAAGGAGAGCUUUCCAAAACUAUCAGCUGAAGUUGCAGGGGACAGAAAAUUCGAUGUCUACAUGGGAAUUGAUGUCUUUGGUCGGGGAUCUUUUGGUGGUGGGCAAUGGACUGUAAAUGCUGCUCUUGAUUUGCUGAAGGAAAACAAUGUGUCCACUGCUAUUUUUGCUCCUGGAUGGGUGUAUGAGACUGCACAGCCACCCAAUUUUCAUACGGCUCAGAAUAAGUAUCUAAUAGUUUGA